UCCUCUAGCCCAGAAGACAAAUAUCAGUCACUGAGAACCGACAGCAUGGCCACCAGGGAUCUCGCAGUAGGAGUGAUCUUCUCAAUACAGACUGUGGUUGGAAUCCUGGGGAACUUCUCUCUUCUUUACCAUUAUCUUCUCCUUUAUUUCACUGCGUGUAGGCCAAAGUCCACAGAUUUGAUUGUCAAAAAUCUGACUGUAGCCAACAUUUUGGUCCUGUUCUUUCUUGGAAUACCCAAUACAAUGUCAUCUUUUGGGUGGUAUCACAUCUUCAAUGAUUUUGGAUGCAUAUUUUUUCCCUGUGUUCAUGGGGUGGGCAGGGGAGUGUCCAUUGGCACCACCUGCCUCCUGAGUGUCUUCCAGGCCUUCAUCAUCAGCCCUAGGAACUCCAGGUGGGCAGCGCUUAAAGAGAAAGCUCUCAAGUGCAUUGUCCCUUCAACUGUCUUGUGCUGGGUCUCGAUACUGGUAAAUAUCCUGUAUCCCCUGUUUCUGACUAGCAUUUUGAACAACAAAAACAUCACAAAGAGAAAAAGUUUCAGAUGCUGUUCUUCAGUUUGUCAUGACAAAACCAGAGACUCAUUGUAUGCAGCAUUGUUAUCAUUCCCUGAUGUGUUAUGUUUGGGGCUCAUGAUCUGGGCCAGCGGCUCCAUGGUCUUCAUCCUGUACAGGCACAGACAGAGGGUCCAACACGUUCUUAGGACCAACGUCUCCUCCCCAUCAUCGCCUGAGUCCACAGCCACCAAAACCAUCCUUCUCCUGGUGAAUACCUUUGUCUACUUUUUUAACACCCUCUCCUCUGCCUUUCGUAUUAUUUUGUCUGUUUUUGAUAAUCUCGACUGGUGUCUCUUGAGCAUUCCUUCAGUAAUCACUCUGUGUUUCCCAACUGUCAGCCCCUUUUUGCUCAUGGGCUGCGACUGCAGUGUAUUGAUGCCGAGCUUUCUCUGGUUAAGGAAUAUAAAAUCCCUUUGUCUUAUGAGAAAUAUGUAA